AUGGCUGCUCAUUGCACCAUUGUUUGCACUGCUGUAGCACUUGUCAUUGGCUUCCUUUGGCCGAAAUUCCACAUUUGCUUUGUUGAUGCUCUCCCACCAUCUCAACUAUGCUCCCAGUGGGAGGUACCCUCACUGUCUUCACCUACACCCCUAGUCUCAUCAAUUGAGACUUUCCAUUACCAAAGACUUGGCCAGGACAUUGAGUGGACAAAUUUGAGCAUGCAACAUGGGCACUCAGAGGGUCAGGUUCAUCCAUCUGGCCACUGCCUGCUUCGCAUGGCACUACCUCCAUCUCCAGCUCCAAAGGCCCAUUUAGGGCUCAUUCAACCUCCAGUGUCAAGGACGAUAUUUUGUGGAGUUGCACUAGUUGUCUCUAGUGCAAGUGAAGCUUGCAGGCCUUGGGAUCGAGCCAUAGCAAGACUCAAGUCCACAUAUAAUGAGAUGGGAGGCAAAGCUGUUGCACUGCUGCCAGGCACUGUCAGCAGCUUUCCAGGCUGCAACCUGUUCUCAUUCCUCAUCAGUACAUGGUGCCCAUCCUUGGCCACAUCCUUCCAGCUCAAUUGGAUCAAACCACUCCCCAUAGUGGUUCCAGUUGUGGCCAUUGUGUGUGAGCUCAGUAACUUUGAGAGUAGUAGAGAGGAUCCUUUCAAGAAAUAUCGUCCCAACUUGGCUGCUGAGAUCACUUCACAGGCUGCUGUCUUCAAAGCAGAUGCCCAGAUAAUGGAACCACCACCAAUACAAACACUCACCAUAAAAGAUGACCCCUGCAGUGAGGGAGUCCUGUUUCCCUCACUGGGGGGUUCCACUGAAGAGGGUGACAUAACCCAUCAAUGCACAGGGACUGACCACACAAUUGGCAAGCACUUACUUGUGGAAGGCAUGCAGUCAUGCAAAAUCAGUGUCACUAUCACAAGCUAG